AUGAUUGAAUGGGUGAACAGUAGACAAAAGACACCAUUGAAAAAAGUGGUUGCCUGGGUUGCUUGCCCAGCAGAAAAUAAAAUUAUAUACCUCGUGAGGGACUGCGAUUGCUUAGAUAUCUGGCAUGGGCAAUGGGUGACAAUCGAUAACCUAUUAACAAUGGAUGGAAUUGAUAUUAUUCUGAAAUCAUCCACUCUGACUAGUAGUGAUGUGAAUGUCUUUCUGAAGCACUGGCUGUCUGGAGGGUGUCCUCGAUUGAAACUAUUCCGCGCUAGAAUUGAUUCUGUAGAUAUCUUACAAGUACUUGAUGGUCUCAUGCAUAACGCCGUUUUUGUGGAGGAUCGUCGUAACUACACCAGCCCAUUUGGAUACAACAGAACUUUGUCAUUUGGAUAUGACACCAAACGUGCGGAUGGUGUGACAGCUACAGUAUGCGAACAGGGGAAUGGAACUUUGGCUAUUGCUGUUUGGCCAGAGACCACUUAUAAUUAUAAUUAA